AUGGCCCCCUCCAUCGAAGUCACCUCACCCACCCCAGCCCCUACCGUCGUAUCCGCAAAGGGAGACGUCGAGAAACCAGCCGGGUCAGGGUAUAUCCGUGAGCCACUAAAAUACUCAGGCUCGCUGGACGAGUACAAGAACUUCGACGUGACGCCGGUUAUCGGACGAGAGUUCUCCGAUCUUCAGCUAACUGAUAUUUUGAACGACGAGCAGAAGAUUCGUGAUCUGGCUAUCCUUGUGUCGCGCCGUGGUGUGGUGUUCUUCCGUAACCAGAACCUUGACUCUGAUAAUCAGAAGAUUCUGGGCCAGAAACUUGGUGAGCUAACCGGGAAGCCUGCCACAUCCAAGCUCCACCGACACGCUAUCAACAACAGCAAGCGCAAUAUCACUGUGAACGAGGAUGGCAAACUAGACGAUGAAGUCUCCGUCAUCUCGUCAGAGACGAACCGAAACCUGUAUGGUGACCGGUUCGUGAACAAUACUCGCCACCUUGCAAGCUGGGGAUGGCAUUCUGAUAUAUCCUUCGAGCGUGUCCCCUCAGAUUACGCCAUUUUGAAAAUCACCCAUGUCCCCGAAGACCAGACCGGUGGGGACACACUCUGGGCGUCGGGCUAUGAGGUCUAUGACAGGCUGUCGCCGCCGAUUCAACAGCUUGCGGACUCCUUGACGGCCGUCCACCAUCAGCCAUCAUUCAGCAACAUUGCCAAGAAGCACAGCAUUGAUCUUAUCGAGGGAGACCGAGGUGCCCCUGAAAACACCGGGUUUGACUUCAGCGCUAGCCACCCCCUUGUCCGCACGAACCCAGUCACCGGCUGGAAGAGUCUCUUUGGCGCUGCACACCAAGUAGAGCACGGUUAUGUGGAAGGUGUAACCCACCGCGAGAGCGAGAUUCUCAAGCAAUACUUCCUGCAACUUGUCGCUGAGAACCACGACCUUCAGGUUCGAUUUAAGUGGGGAGCCAAUGACCUCGCUAUUUGGGACAACCGCUCCGUCUUCCACACCGCAACGAAUGAUUUCAGCGGAAGCCGCCAAGGAAACCGGGUCGUCUCUCUCGGGGAGAUCCCUUAUUUCGACCCUGCUUCCAUAUCCCGGCGCGAGGCAUUAGCAGCGGAGGCCUAA